UUCGUCCUUGUCAAACAUUAUUUGACACACGCGUGUGUCAGUGCGCGAUCGUUUGUCGUUUCGUGUGUUAUUUUGUGCGGUAAAUGUUUCUCUUCGUGAAAAUGAGAAAACACGCGCUUGAUUAUCUAAUUAUAAAGUGAUAUAAGUGUAUUUGUUAAGUGUCUUCGUUUUAAAUAGUUAUUUGCUUUUGUAUGUCAUCGGACUCAUCAAUAUGGCGGCAUCCCGUCACAAAUCACAACAGAAAAAUAUAUCGUCCAUAUUUUCUAAACUGCACGGCGCUUUCUCUGAUGCAGUGUGUCCAACAAAGCUUGCAACAGACAAGCGUACCCUUGAUAAAACAUGGAAGCUAAUGGACAAAGUUGUAAAACUGUGUCAACAUCACAAGAUGAACCUGAAAAACAGUCCACCUUUUAUAUUAGAUAUUUUGCCUGAUACAUAUCAGAGGUUGCGCGUUAUAUACUCUAAAUAUGAGGACAAUAUGCAGGAAUUGAAUAAUAAUGAACAUUUUAACAUAUUUAUUAUUAAUUUGAUAAGAAAAUGUAAGCAAGCUAUAAAGUUGUUUAAAGAGGGUAAGGAGAAAAUGUUUGAUGAAAAUUCUCAUUAUAGGCGUAAUUUGACUAAGCUCAGUUUAGUAUUUAGUCAUAUGCUGAGUGAGUUGAAGGCUAUGUUUCCAAAUGGUACAUUUGCUGGUGACCAGUUCCGUAUAACCAAGAGUGAUGCAGCUGAAUUCUGGAGGACAAACUUUGGUAACAGCACAUUGGUGCCAUGGAAGAUAUUCCGCGAGGAGCUGAACAACGUGCAUCCAAUAUCAUCAGGGUUGGAAACCAUGGCACUGAAGACCACGAUAGAUCUCACCUGUAACGAUUUUAUAUCGAAUUUCGAGUUUGAUGUCUUCACGAGGCUUUUUCAACCGUGGAGCACGUUGUUACGGAAUUGGCAGCUUUUAGCGGUAACACAUCCAGGGUAUGUUGCCUUCCUAACAUAUGACGAAGUGAAGGCGCGGUUACAGAAGUACAUACACAAGGCUGGCAGUUAUGUGUUUAGGUUAUCGUGUACGCGGCUUGGUCAGUGGGCGAUUGGUUAUGUGACUGUAGACGGCGAGAUACUACAGACGAUACCACAAAACAAGAGUUUGGUGCAGGCGCUACUGGACGGAUAUAGAGAGGGAUUCUAUCUAUAUCCAGACGGUCGUGACGUGAAUCCAGACCUAAGCAGCGCCAUCAUUUCGCCAGCAGAAGACCAUAUAACCGUCACACAGGAACAGUAUGAGCUUUAUUGUGAAAUGGGUAGUACGUUUCAAUUAUGUAAAAUAUGCGCUGAAAAUGACAAGGAUAUAAGGAUAGAGCCGUGUGGACAUCUUCUUUGUACGCCGUGUUUGACAGCUUGGCAGAUCGACUCGGAAGGUCAAGGCUGUCCGUUCUGUCGUGCAGAAAUCAAGGGAACAGAACAAGUGGUUGUUGAUGCCUUUAUACCCCCGAGACCGCCCAAUACCACGGCUGAUGUCAAGUUAGCGAACACAAAGACAGCUGUAAGGCCGGUGUCUUCAAACUCGUCAGGGUCCAGUGGAUCGUCAGGUUCGUCUGCGUGUAAUGGGUCAAGUUCGGAAACGCCUACGUCAAACAAUGCGAACGGCUGGUCCACAAGGAAUACGACGUUUAACGGUCUCACAGAUGACAUCGAUGAUUCAGAGGAUUGGGCAGAAUUUAACGCGGCAACAUCGACAAUAGAUGCAUUACGGCCAGGUGUUAGGUCUGCCGGAGCAUCGCCACGACACUCGCCUAGAGCUGUUCGCAAAGCGCCCGCGCCCGCUGAAAACGCGUACGGGGAACUACGAGCGCCGCCUCUGCCGCCUCGGAAGAGUCUUUCCCCAGCAGAAACUAUUGUUGCAGCGUCCAGUGUACAGGAUAUUGCUGCUGCUAGUUCUAUUAUUCCAGAUCCUAGAAGGCGAUCAUCAUUGGAGCCAGAACCAGACUCAAGGCAUAAGCUGACUUCUGUGAUCACUGGUUCGACGGAGACCAUCACUGGAAUUAUUGAUACCAGACAUGAAGUUAUACCUCCCGACCCGAGAGCCUUCGAAAAACCUCGAAGAGCAUGCACACCUCAAGCAAACAGUCGGCCACUGCCCGCACCCCCUCCAGAAAGGCAAGAGGAACGAACAGAAAGACAAGAUAGACACGUGCAAGACCGACUCGAUAAUCGAAUAGAGAGGUCAGAAAGAUCGAAUUCGGAGAAUCGAGUUCUUGAUCGGCAUAUGGAUUUCAGACCCCCAGAACGGCCAGACAAAUCAGACCGAAUACAAGAAAAAGCUAACUUCGAUAGGGAACAUCGAGCGCCUCCUCGCCAAAGAUCGCUCCCGUCUUCAACGACUACGGAUCAUCAACCAACGAAGUCCACUACGAUGCCUAAAUUUCCAUCAGAGGAUGUGAAGGACCCGCCAUAUGAGAAUGUCGGCAAUGAGAAAAAUGAAUUAUCUGUUGCACCUAAAAAAAUAAACCCGCUGACACACGACAAACACGGCCGUAAAUACAACGAGAACGUGUCAUAUGAGAACAUAAAUCUCGAUUACAUCGCGAGGCUGGUCGACGAAGGAUAUCCCAAGGAGAUCGUAGUUCGAGCGUUGGGCAUCACGCGGAAUGAUCUAGAAAUGGCCUGCGAUAUUCUACACGAAUUCGGCACGAAGGUCCCUAGUAAAUGCUAGAAAUGUAUUUUUAAUUCAACUGUUCGCUUUAAUAGUUCUUAUUUUCAAUAGUCUAAGGUCCAUAAUCCCAUCUAGUCUUGAGCGAUGUGAUGUGAAACUAUCGAAACUCAAUUUUAAUUUUACAUUAUUAAAAUUGUUUAAUGUUAAGGGAGCGUUUAAGUAUUACGUAA